GGCCCGAAUGCGCGUAAGCAUACACUACAUUCGUGGAAAAAAAUGGCAGCUGACGCUUAGAAAAGAAGUGUGUGGAUCGUCGCUCGAAAAAACCAAAACAAAAAAGAAACAGACGGAGCGGAAAACAACUUGCCUCAGAAGCGCCGCCAUCGGUUGCUUCACAACAGCCCCCGUUGGUCGCCACCCUAGAAGCGCCGCUAUUGGUCGCCAUCAAAGAAGCAUUGCAUUUGGCCGCCAUCCGAGAAGCGUCGCCAUUGGUCUCCGUCGCAGAAGCGUCGCCAUUGGUCGUCUGUCACCAUGGGAAAAACGCCGCUAAAAGAUCAGAAAGACGGCAAAAAAGAGAAACCAGGAAGAAUGGUUCCAAUAACAGGUGCGACUCCUGCGACAGCGAAAGAUGCUUUCAGCUGGGAUGAAUAUCUGAAAGAGACGUCUUCCUCACCGGCUCCAGCGAGCUGCUUUCGUCAGGCCCGAGUCCCGCCUUCCAACGACUUCAAGGUGGGAAUGAAGCUCGAGGCCCACGACCCGCGCAAUUCCACCUCCGUCUGCAUCGCCACGGUGAUGGGCCUGACGGGGGUCCGCCUGCGCCUCCGCCUGGACGGCAGCGACAACAGCAACGACUUCUGGAGACUCGUGGACUCCUCGGACAUCCAGCCCAUCGGCAGCUGUGAGAAGAACGGAGACAUGCUGCAGCCGCCGCUGGGGUUCCGCAUGAACGCCUCCUCGUGGCCGAUGUUUCUGCUGAGGACCUUAAACGGCGCCGAGAUGGCUCCAGCAAUCGCCUUCAAAAAGGAGCCUCCGAGGCCCCCGCAGAACGGCUUCAGGUCGGGCAUGAAGCUGGAGGCCGUGGACAAGAAGAACCCGUACCUCAUCUGCCCCGCCACCAUCGGGGAGGUGAAGGGCGACGAGGUCUUCGUCAUGUUCGACGGGUGGCGCGGCGCCUUCGACUACUGGUGCAAGUACGACUCGCGGGACGUCUUCCCCGUGGGCUGGUGCUCGCUCACCAAGCACAGCCUCCAGGCGCCCGGCAACAGCGUGACCCUCCCGAAGCCGGCGCCGACCUUCCUGGCGUCGCCCUCCAAGCCGAGCCGGCGCUCCAUGCAGUCCCCCUACCGGCUCCCCACCCCACUGCCCGCUCUGCCCGUCAGGAAAGGGGUCAGAGGUCGCCGGCCCAAGAGCGAGACCCUCGCUCUGCUCAAAGCCGUGGCCGAGGCCGCCGCCGCCGCCGCGCAGAACGGGACGGCGCCCGAGAGCCCGCUGCUGGUCCCCCGGCCGCACAAGAAGAGGGGGCCAAAGCCCGGGAGCAAGAGGAAGUCCAAGAUCCUCCAAAGCCCGGGACCGCUGCUGAGCAUGCACGUUCCUCCGGAGAGCCCAGGCAGCCCGAGCGGCGUCGUGUCGACGGUGUGUGUGUACGUCAACAAGCAGGGGAACUGCGGCCCCCACCUGGACAGGAAGCAGAUGCAGCAUCUCCCGGACCACUUCGGGCCGGGCCCCGUCAACGCCGUGCUGCAGCAGGUGGUGCAGUGCUGCGUGGACUGCGCGUACCAGCCCAAGGUCCUGCUCGGCGCCCUGCAGACCCACUCAGGGGGGGGGGAGGUGGUCAGAGUGAGAACCGACGGUGGCGUCCGCGUGGUCAAGCUGCCGGCGGCCUCCAGCCCCUCCUUCGUGCUGCGCUUCCUGGAGACGAUGUGUCGCCACCUGCAGUGCGACAACCUGUUCAGCAGCCAGCCGUUCAGCCACCACGCCGCCUACGACGGCUCCAAGUCAGUGAAAGAGGAGGCGCUGGACGCUCCGUCUCUGGCUCGGGGGGGCAAGCGGAGUCUCCUCGGGGUCUCGCCGCCGUACGCCGCCCCCCUGUCACCGAAGCACUUACGCCCUGAGGCGCAUCCCUCAGAAGCGGAGACCCUCCCCGACAAAGAGAACGGCCUCACGAAGGAGCAGCGCUACAUGGGCUCCGCCUCCAACCCGGCGACCCCCCGCCCCCCCGCGCGCGGCUCCUCGGAGUACCGCCCCCACACGCCGGGCGCCCACUACCGCAACGGCGAAGCCGCUCGCCGCCUCUCCUCCGACAAGGCCGAGCUCGCCGCCAAGCGGCCGCUCCGACGGGUCGAAGCAGCCAGCUCCACCACGGGCCCCGAGCCGCCGGGCUCCGAGCCGCCCGGCAGAAGCCCCGCCUCCUGGUCCAUCGAGGAGGUGAUGCAGUUCGUGAGGGACGCCGACCCCGCCACGCUGGCGCCGCACGCCGAGCUGUUCAGGAAACACGAGAUCGACGGCAAAGCUCUGAUGCUGCUGCGCAGCGACAUGAUCAUGAAGUACAUGGGCCUGAAGCUGGGCCCCGCCCUCAAGCUGUGUCACCACAUCGAGCGGCUGAAACACGUCAAACCGUGAAAAGAGAGCGACCGCGGACUGAACCCCCCCCCCCCAGGGGAAACCCCCACAGUGUUUACAUCGCUCGGCACAAAUCCUUUGGUCCCCAAAGAUGGAGAAUGUUUCUUCUUAUGAAAUGUUUCUUUUUUUAUGCUCGGCGAACGACGAACGACGACGGGUCGCUUUUACCGACAAAACGAGAUCCAUCAGCAGCUCUCUCUGCCCCCCCCCCCACCCCCCUUUAUUGGCGCAUUCCAUUGGAUUACGUCGUCCAGCGGGUCGCGGUUCCACUCGUGUCCUCACUGACGCAGCCUGUAGGGUCGAUGGCGAGGGUUAAACAUUUCAUUAAAAGUCCCAUUAUUUCUGCUCCCUGAAGGGGACAAAAUCCCGUAAACCCACAAGAACGUGUUUGCUGAUCUAUUUCACUAAAAAGUCUGUUUUCUGCAGGUUGAUUGAACCUUUACAAAGCUACAAUAACUGAGUAAAUAACAUGAAUUUAUACAUUAAGUUAUUCUUCUUUUUUUAAACUCAUGCGUUUAAUUAAUUUCUUGUUAAUCAAUAACUUUUUCUUCUUCUAAUGGUGAAAAGUCCUGAAUUAUUCUCAUGCACGAAGCAGAAGUCGACUAUCAAAACGAUAUAUUUAAACUAAUUGAUUAACUCCUCUAUGAAUGACCCCCCCCCCCCCCGCAGCUACGCUGGCGAAGCUACGCUAAUUCUAUGAACACUAUGAAGUCCCGUCCUGUCACUCAAAGGUUUCCCUCUUGAAGCCCCCCCCCCCCCCCACGACGAGUGUAACCGCGGCCCGGAGACGUUUUAAAUGAUCCGACCUCACGCUUCCCACGAGUUUCCUGCCGCCAUCUUCAUCACCCUCCUCAUCCUCGUGGUCAUCCCCUUCAUCAUCCUCAUCUGCGUCGUCUCGGCUCACUUUCGGUUCCUCGUGAGCUCGCCGUUACAAUCACUGUCAGCGAUGACAACAGACGUGUACAGUUUUUAUGGGUUUUAACCAUGAAUAUCAGCGACAGAAUGUACAUUUUGUAGAAACCUAAUAUUUUAAAGAAGGAGAUCAUAUACACGAGUUAGAAAUGUGAAGAAAUGUCUUUUUUAACCCGCAUUAAGGUCGUAGAGGAGCUUCACUCUCUGCCUUGCUCUCAGGUCGCCUUUGUUAGUUCAAACUUUUGUAGCAAACAGUUUUUAAAAAAAUUUAAAAAAAAAACUUUUAAAGACACUGGGCAGAAUUUUCCGGUUCCUCCCGCUUGGAUCACUUUGGGAUUUUAAGACCUGUGCCAAAUGACUUUGACCCGGAGGGUCCUGUGGAUUCAUCUCUUCUGCAUCUUCUUCAAAGUGUCACGAGUCCAUUUUAUGUCGCACCACAUAAACAUGUGUGUUCCUGA